UCAUCCUGACUUCUGACAUUUCACCAAUUUGGUUAUACGAAGUGUCAGUGAUUUGGGGUUGAUUUUGGGUCUUGAAGUGUUGGGGCGAUUACUGAAUUUGUUUUAUCGUCCCAGUUCGUGCAAGCAUGGCAAUGGACAGCGGCGAAUCGACGAAAACGAAAAAACCCUCAGAUAGUGCAUUCAAGCAGCAACGUUUGCCCGCCUGGCAGCCCAUCCUGACCGCGGGCACCGUGCUGCCCACGUUUUUCGUGAUCGGGAUCGCCUUCAUUCCCGUGGGAAUCGGCCUUUUGUACUUCUCGGACGAGGUCAAGGAGCUGGUGAUCGACUACACGAACUGCAACCAAACGCUCGAGAGCAGCCCCAACGGGAAUUUCACGGACACGGGGAAGCGCUGCUCCGAUGUCAUCUCCGACGACGCCAACGCGAACUGCACCUGCAUCAUCCCCUUCACGCUCGACUCGGAUUUCAAGGGGAAGGUGUACAUGUACUACGGCCUCAGCAACUUCUACCAAAACCACCGGCGCUACGUCAAAUCGCGCGACGAUAACCAGCUGUUGGGGCGCUUGGACCCCGUCCCCUCGUCGGACUGCAGCCCCUUUGACAAGAUCAAGGACACGCCGAUAGCCCCCUGCGGGGCCAUCGCCAACUCGCUCUUCAGCGACGUUUUAACCUUGAAGAAACUCGAGGGGAACACGUGGAAAGACGUGGAUUUGAUCCGGAAAGGCAUCGCCUGGGAUUCGGACAAGAACAUCAAAUUUCGAAACCCCCCAGGCGAUCUGAAGGAGGCUUUCAAGAAUUUUGCCAAACCCAAAGCUUGGAAGAAGAACGUCUGGGAGUUGGAUCUGGAAGACCCGGAAAAUAAUGGGUUUCAAAACGAGGAUCUUAUUGUGUGGAUGAGGACCGCAGCGCUGCCAACUUUCAGAAAAUUGUACCGGAAGAUCGAUCACAGUCAGGAUGGCUACAAGGACGGGUUACUUAAGGGGAAGUACCAGUUGAGGGUUACUUAUUCGUAUAACGUGAUGCCGUUUGAUGGCACCAAGCGCAUGAUUUUAAGCACGACUUCGCUCUUAGGGGGGAAGAACCCAUUCCUGGGAAUCGCCUACAUCGUAGUAGGUUGUGUUUGUUUGCUAUUGGGGAUUGUGUUGCUCUUUAUCCACAUAAAGUGUGGCAAAAGCACAAGUGAAAUGAUUAAUGUCAACCCAAGGACGAACUACCAGUAAGAAACAUUCCUAGAACCAACAAAGUGGCCUUAUUCAAGUAUUGUCAGCACGCUGCGUAUUUAUUCAUUUUCCCGCAAACUAAUAUUUAAUUUAGUAGUAAGUUUUUUAUUGUGAUAAUGUACAGGAAUACGUGUUUAAGUGUAUAUUUUGUUAUUUAAUGAAUGUGGAAUAAAACUCUUGUUUUAAUUAAA